AUGGUUCAACAAUGGCCUAAGGCCUUUUGUGAUUUAAAGAAUAGAAAAUGUCUCCGAACUCCUAACAAUUUCACACUUCACGGACUGUGGCCCGACAACUACAUUGGGCAGUUGAGUAAUUGUGCCGGCGCAGCUUUCCAUGCUAUUACGGAUCAAAAUUUGAUUUCAAGAUUAGAAUCUGGUUGGCCUGAUCUACUUCAGCUAAAUUAUAAAGGAGCACGUGGACAGUCAUUUUGGAAGCAUGAAUGGGUAGAACACGGCACAUGCUCUACUACACCAAAAGAUUAUGAGGCCUACUUCAAUUUGGCUGUAGAUUUGAAGAAUGAGCACUACAUUUUACGGACACUCCGACAAAGCGGAAUUCAGCCUGCAGUAUGCACGCCUUCUGGACAAUCGACUGUUAACAUCUAUGGAGUCAAUUCAUCCAUUGUUGGAGCUACAAGAAGCCAGAUUCAGAUAAGAUGCAAGAUCAAUAAACAAAACAAGAAAAAACCUCGUACGCUGUUGUAUGAGAUUAUCAUAUGUUAUGACUCUACUGGAACUACCGUAAUUAAUUGUCCCCCGCCACAUAUUGGUCAAACGUGUUUGCAAAAUAGUGGUCAAGUUGAUUUUCUAUAA